AUGAGGGGGCGGGGACGGUGGUUAGAGUCGGGGAGGUUAGGGAGUUUAGGGGGGGAGGAUUGUGUUGGUCAAGGGGAGGAAACGGGAUUCGAGCAGUACUGCGCGCAUACGAAAGGCCAUGCCGGCAUUCAUAUCAAUGGGUGCUUUGCUGAGUAUGUGAGGGUCGACGAGAGGUUCACUACGAAGUUACCGGAUGAACUUAGUUUCGUCGAGGCUGUGCCGUUGGUGUGUGCUGGGAGGACGGCGUGGAAGGGGCUUAGGGUUGGUGGGGUGUGGAGGGGGGAGUGGUUGCUUGUGCUUGGGUCUGGAGGCGGGUUGGGACAUUCGGCGGUGCAGUUUGCGAUCGGGUUGGGGGGUAGGGUUGUUGGUGUUGAUGCUAGGGGGGCGAAAGAUGAGGUCGUGGAGGAUGUGCAGAGGGUUACGGGUGGGUUGGGUGUGCAUGCGUCGGGCGCGACGGCGUUGGCGGCUGCGGCGACGAGGAUGCAUGGGACUGUGGUGCAGAUUGCGCAGCCGGAGGAGGUGGUGCUGCCGUUUCGGGAAUUGGUUUUUAGGGAUGUGAGGGUUGGGGGAGAGUUGGGAUAUGCUUCAUUUUAUUGCGGAGAGGAGGAGGAAGCACGGAUAUAG